AUGUCCCAUGAGUUAUCUGAGAUUUUAGGUACGGAGGAUGCUGUAGUUAUCGAUUUUGUUCUGAGUAUCAAGUGUCAAUCUAAGAAUGCUCGCGAUUUCGAGCAAAAGAUAGAAGCUCUGGACGUCGGUCUAUCGCGAGACGCUAUUCAUCAGGUAUGGAAACUGCUCUCGAGGGUUGGAGCGGCCAGCGAGCCGAAACUGGAGGUCGCCAGGAUACUGCGGGAUUCUAUCGCGGUCGAUGACCAGGUGGUAGUAGAUUUUAUAAUCAAUACUGCUGGCCAUUGCAAGACGUUGGAAGAGUUCCAAAAGCGUCUGAGGGAUAUGGAUUGUGGUAUAAGUGAGGCUGUUGCGUCGGAAAUUUAUCGUAAAGUAAAGCCCCGGAGCACUUUGGCUUGCGAUCAUGGUUCCAUGCCUACAAUGAAGCAAGAAGAGUCACGCAAACCUGAGUUGGCAGACUCGAAAUCCAAGCUGGAUGAGUUUAAGGGGAAUUUGCUUACGACGUCUGCGAUAGAUCUAGAUGUUUCGCCUGUCUUAGGCAAAAUUUAUCGAGGAAGCGUGAAAAAUAUCACUGCGUUUGGCUGCUUUGUGCAGCUUAUGGGCGUCCGGGGGGCGAAAUGCGAUGGUUUGGUUCAUAUCUCAGAGAUGGGUACCGCUAGAGUACGAACACCUCGAGAUGUCGUUCGAGUGGGCCAGCAGGUCUUCGUAAGGGUUCUGAAAAUACAGUCUAAUGGCAAAAUCUCUCUGAGUAUGAAGAACAUUGAUCAAUUUACCGGUGAAGAGAUAUUCGAAGAAAAAUUUGAUCAACCACCAGAAGCCCGGGGAAGGCAAUCCACCAGGUCUGUUAGCCAUCGAUCCGAUAUCAGAGGAGCUGAAAGACGACCUCUCACAUCUCCUGAGAGAUGGGAAAUCAAGCAACUGAUAGGAAGUGGAGCGGCUUCUAUCGAGGAUUAUCCCGAGCUCAACCACGACGUCGGAAAACAACACACAGAGGUCUCAGGAUCAUUGGUGCAUAAAAGUGACGGGAGUGCAGAAGCUAUAGAAAUUGAAAUGAAUUCAGACGAUGAGCCGGCUUUCCUGAAAGCUCAGCUUGAGAAAGGCGUUAAAAAGUAUGAGCCGCCAAAAACUGCAAAGGUGCCCAAAGGUACGUUGAAUCGAGUGGCAGUCAAUGGUUCACAGCUUAUGAAGUCUCACCGGGAGGAGAAGGCCAGGCUGAAAAGAGAGAUUGAGCAGCAGAUAAGGAAGAAACGUGCCGAAGAAGAUCCAACCAAGAAUGCAAGGGAUGAUAGAAGAGAAGUUGAGGGGCUUCGCCAGCAGCUGAUAGUUACAGAAUGGGAGAGGAGUAGGAUGCAAGAGGACAUUAGAUAUGGUAAGAGGGAAACGCGGCCCAUCAGCGCUCAGCGCCAGUCUUUGCCGGUUUAUAAGAUGAAAUCUGAAUUACUGCAAGCUGUGCAGGAUAACCAGUUUCUUGUGAUUGUUGGAGAAACAGGAUCCGGUAAAACAACACAAAUCACACAGUAUCUCAAUGAGGCAGGUUACGGCUCUCGCGGUAUUAUAGGAUGUACGCAACCACGGAGAGUUGCUGCAGUAUCCGUCUCCAAAAGGGUUGCGGAAGAAUUUGGAUGCAAGCUGGGCGCAGAAGUGGGUUAUACAAUUAGAUUCGAGGAUAAUACAUCUCCACAAACCCGUAUUAAGUACAUGACGGAUGGUAUGCUGCAACGAGAGGCUCUGCUUGACCCAGUAAUGUCAAAAUAUUCAGUCGUGAUGCUGGACGAGGCUCACGAAAGAACAGUUGCAACCGAUGUUUUAUUUGGUCUAUUGAAAAAAGCGGCGCAAGAUAGGCCUGACCUGAAGAUAAUCGUUACAUCUGCGACGCUAGAUGCUGCCAAGUUUUCUGAGUACUUUUGUCAGUGUCCCGUCAUAAAAAUUCCGGGGAAAACAUUCCCGGUCGAAGUUCUGUAUUCUCAAAAUCCGCAAAUGGACUACAUUGAAUCUGCUUUAGACACUGUUAUGGAAAUCCAUAUCAAUGAAGCCCCCGGAGAUAUAUUAGUAUUCUUAACCGGGCAGGAUGAAAUUGACUCUUGCUGCGAAAUUUUGUAUCAGCGUGUCAAAACUUUGGGGGAUAGCAUCGGAAAGCUCUUGAUAUUACCUGUUUAUUCAGCUCUCCCGAGCGAAGUGCAAUCCAAGAUCUUCGAGCCCACUCCAGAAGGGACUCGUAAAGUGGUCUUUGCUACAAAUAUCGCUGAAACAUCUAUCACAAUCGAUGGUAUUUACUAUGUGAUCGACCCAGGUUUCGCGAAAAUGAAUACAUUCAAUCCUAGGAUUGGUAUGGAGCAAUUGGUUGUUUCACCAAUCUCUCAGGCUCAAGCCAACCAAAGAAAAGGCCGCGCAGGUAGAACGGGCCCUGGCAAAUGUUACCGACUGUAUACUGAGUCUGCAUUUUACAACGAGAUGCUUCCCAACACAAUCCCAGAGAUCCAGCGACAAAAUCUUGCAAAUACCAUUUUAAUGCUGAAAGCCAUGGGUAUCAGCGAUAUUCUUAGUUUCGAGUUCAUGGAUCGUCCACCAAAGAAUCUGAUGCUACGUGCUUUAGAAGAGCUUUUCAAUCUGCAAGCAUUGGACGAUGACGGUGUUUUAACUGAGUUAGGGCUGCGUAUGUCUCAGUUUCCCAUGGAGCCCGAGCUUUCGAGGGCGCUACUUUCGUCGAUCACCAAUAACUGUUCGGAGGACAUAAUUACCAUCAUUUCAAUGCUAUCGGUGCAAAGUGUCUUUUACCGACCAAAGGACAAGUAUCAGGAAGCUGACAAUAAAAAAGCUAGAUUUCACCAUCCUUUAGGUGACCAUCUAACCCUAUUGAAUGUUUAUAACCGGUGGCAGCAGGCCCAUUGCACUGAACAAUUUUGCUCGCUAAAUUAUCUACACUACCGGCAUUUAAGACGGGCAAGGGAUGUGAGAAACCAGUUAGUCGCUUUAUUCAAUCGAUUCCAUUUACCAGUCAAAAGCGGCCAUGGUGAUCCAGAUUCGAUCAGACGUGCAUUAGUAGCCGGAUUUUUCAUGAACGCUGCCAAGCGUGAUUCGCAAGUCGGCUAUAAAACCAUAUGUGGUGGUACAGCGGUUGGUAUCCAUCCUUCUAGUUCGCUCUUCGGUAAAGAGUACGAAUAUGUCAUCUACCACAGUUUGGUUUUGACGAGCAGAGAGUACAUGGCGCAAGUAACAGCAAUUGACCCAAGUUGGCUGUUGGAAUCGGCUCCGCAUUUUUACAAAGCUGCCGAUGAAGACAGUCAAUCACGUAAGAAGGCUAAGAUUGCACCAUUGCACAACAAAUUUGCAAAAGAUCAAAACUCAUGGAAACUGAGUUCCAUUCGACAGUCCCGCGAAAGAGCACUGGGUACCAGGAGAUGA